ACCCAGGGAUCAGAGCUAUAAGCGCGGGCUGCCCCCGGCCUCCCACGAAAGCGAGGCACAGAGCGCAGUGCUCGUGCGGCAGCCGCUCGCCCGGCGCGCGUCCCGCGUGCAGGACGCAGCUGCACAAGCGUUAAUAGCAGAAGGCGCCGCGCGCCGACGCUUAUCUCGGGCGGCCGCAGGCACAGCACCGGCAUGGCUUGGAGCUGCAGCACCGCGGCGCAGGUGGCCGCGCUGCUCCUCGCGCUCUUCGGCUGGGUCUCGUCCUGCGUCACGACGUUUGUGCCGCUCUGGAAGAACCUCAACCUGGACUUGAAUGAGCUGGAGAUCUGGAACAUGGGGCUCUGGCAGGUCUGCAUCAUCCAGGAGGAAGGCGCCAUGGAGUGCAAAGCCCACGAGUCCUUCCUGGCGCUGCCGCCCGAGCUGCGGGCAGCGCGGGUCCUCAUGUGCCUCUCCAACGGGCUGGGCUUCCUCGCGGCCAUCCUCUCUGCUCUGGGGCUGGACUGCUGGAGAACGUGCGAGGAGAAAGCUGCGGUGAAGAAACGGCUGCUGCUGUGCGGAGGAGCAGCGUUUGGCACGUCCGGGGUCCUGACCCUCGUCCCGGUCUCCUGGGUCGCCUACAACACGGUGCUCGAGUUCUGGGACGAGAGCAUUCCCGACAUCGUGCCGCGGUGGGAGUUUGGCGAGGCGACGUUCCUGGGCUGGUUCGCCGGCUUCUUCCUCGCCGCAGGUGGGUUGCUCCUUCUCUGCACCGCCUGCCCCCGAAGGACCGAGAGGGCCCCGGCGCGCGCGGCCGCGGAGCGCGCUCUGCCCGCGCAGGCGCCGUGGGGCCACCCCGCGCACCCCAAGCACGCCGACCUCGUCAUCUGA